AAUCAUCGCCCUUUCUUCCGGUCGCCAGCCGCAACCCGGUACAUACACCCACACUUCAGUGCAGUCGCCUGCUCCAGCCGUUGAGUCGCCUGAGCUUUCCAGCCAAUCAAAGAAGACUUUGAGUACCGACAAAAUGCUUCCACUUCCUCUAAACCCUUCAUUGCCAAAAAGCGCCUCUCCCCUGCCCUCCCCUCCAUCUCUACUGAGUCCAGCCUCGCCUCCUAGUCAGGCUGAACCCCAGUUACAGAUUCUGGUUCAGAAAGGAGAGGUGAAGGAGAGCAGGGAGCAGAGAGAAAGAGGACGAGGUGUAAAACCAGCCAUCGGAGACGAGGGGAGUGUUGUUAAAGACAUUAAGGUGGAGAAGGAAGACCAAAGAGAGACGGAGGAGAAAGAGAGGCUCACGAUUGAUAAUGAAGUCAAUCAUAAGGAACAGAAAGUUGAAACUGGCAAAGAGGAAGAACAGAUGGACGUGACAGAAGAAGGCCAGAGGGACAGAGAGACGAGAGAGGAAGGCAAGGAGAAGAAGAUGAUGGAGGAAGUGGGAGGAGAGACUGCCAUGGACCAGUCUGAGAGCCUGACCAGUCAGGCUCCCCAUCAGUACCAGAACACAGAUCCUGUCCCAACCUCUGAUACUGUGAAGGAUUCUGCCUCGGAGAUAAAACCGGUCCUGAGUCUCAUUUCAGCCCCAGUUCCAGUCCAAACCCCAGCCCUUGUCCCAGCUCCCGCUCCAGAAGUCCCUGUGCAGAGUCAGAGGCUGGCCGAGUCUCAUCGGGAUCUCCAGCCUGUGAGCCAGGAGGACUUCUGUGAGAUCAUGUCAACCCAGUCUGACAACCAGUCAGCGCUGUCCAGCCUCUCCUCUCAGUCACCCCCCUCCUCACCAUUUAUCACCGCCUUGGCAGAAAACUCGCCUCCCCUCCUUCCCGCUCAGAGCACCCACCUGACUGACCUCAGCUUGCGGCAGCACGAGACAGAGAAUGUCGACAAAGCAGAGUCGCAGCAGCUGGCCGAGACAGAGCCCCUCAGCCAAUCUGGAGAUGAGUUGGAGAGCUUCAGCCCCUGGGAGCCGAGUGUGUGGCCUGAGGGGCGACAGGUUCUGACUCACCUGGUGGAAGGAUUUGUCAUCCAGGAGGGGCUCCAACCAUUUCCUGUGCACCGCUCAUCCCUGCUGGUGCCAGAGCAGGUGGCCAAACCACAGGAAGUGAACGGGACCGCUGGGAAAGCAGUGCUGCAUGUGACGGACACGCCAAGACAAACCGAGCACUCCACAGAUUCAGACGAAGAUGAGGGGGGAGACACAGACGAGCUCGGGACCAGGCCGGGUCACCGGGACCGAACGGUGCUGCACUGCCAGUUCUGUGGGAAGAGAGGUCACGCACACAACUUCAUGCGGUCCAAACGCUUCUGCUCCACUUCGUGUGCACGCGGGUUUAACGUUCGUCUAACAAAGCGUCUGCGAGCUCUGAGUGCAGGCAGUCGCUCAGAGAGGCCCCGCCCACCUCUGAACAGGGCUGAGUCGGUCCCCGGGAAGCCUCUGCUGCUGCGCCUGCCUCGUGAUCUCUGGAGCGCCGGCCGACGUGAGAAGGAGGGAAAGGAGAAGGCAGCGGCGGCAGAGGAGGAGGACGUGAUGGCAGAAGCGGAGGACGACGACGACGGUGACGGCGUGGAGGAGGAACCUGCAGUUGCCAUGACAUUGAGGAUGGACCGCCAGGCAGUGCGGAGAGCGAGGAGGGCGUCCGCGCCCGCAGUCACCACAUCUACACCCACGACCACAUUCAAACCCUCCCCCUCCCAGUGGAGUGUGGAGGAGGUGACGGCCUUCAUACACACGCUGCCAGGCUGCAGCGAUGUGGCGGAGGCUUUCCGGCUGCAGGAGAUCGACGGCCAGGCUCUGAUGCUGCUGACCGAGGACCACCUGAUGACCAGCAUGAACAUCAAACUGGGACCAGCUCUCAAGAUCUGUGCUCACAUCAACACACUGAAAAACCAGUGAGAGAAAAAAAACUGAGAAAAAUCAAAACAGCCAAUAAAGACAUGUAGAAGAAAGACAGACGCUGACAGGAUGACAGAACAAAGUCCCAAAAAGAGAAUCGCGGUCAUUUAUGAGCUUAUAAAUGGAGGUGUGGCCUGAGUACAUGGGAACAGAGGAGAUGUGCAGAAGAGAACUGUCAGUCAUUCGUUUGGGGCCCACUACCUGUAGCAGGAGCCCGGGGGGUUUGUAACUUUGUGUAUAUUUUUCAUGCUGCUGGAGAGUGUACAUUUGAAGCUAUUUCAUGAAGGAUUUUGAACAUUUAAUAUAUAAAAUUUGUCUAUUUAGUUUUUUUAGACGUGACGUCAAUGACAGAUCUAUCCAGUAGCAAACAUAACCCAUGUGUGUACAAGAAAAAAUAUUAAUAUGUAGACUGUAAGUGAUUAAUGAAAGUUUAAUGUUUUAUAUCACUAUAUUCUGGACAAAAACAUGUCUGUGGAUUAAAAAAGUCACUAUCAGG